AUGUCGGCGAGCACGGAGGCUAGCUACACCUUUGUAACCAACGGCCUUACUAACUCCUCCACAAGCAUAGUUAAACGAAACUUUCCACAAGGAACCACAGGCCAAAGCCGAAUAGGUCUUCAAUCGUUCAACCACCUCAACACCAAAAACAAGCAAAAGAAAAGCUUUACCGGUGGUGAAGAAGCAGCCACACCGGAAGCUAAAGCCAGAAACCAGAUCUCACCGGAAGGAAGGAGCUCUGACCUCCAUCCGAUUCACGCAGUCUCACCGGCGACUAUCAGAUACCGCCAAUGGAGAGCCACUACGAUCCAGCACGACAGAAAGCAAAACCGACCAAAUCCGCACCACCGACGAACCUACAACAGGGAGACGACUGAGGAGCCACCAAACCGGCCGCAUAAGCAGCAAGAGGAAGCCGCCGUGAGGCGAGAAAGCCUCUCAUGCGUGGAGAAGCCGGUCCACUCAGUCAGCAGCCACCGAGCAGAUCCUUUAAGCCGAACCCACUCCGCCGGGAAAAAUAAAUAG